GUCGGAUUUGUGUUUGGGAGCUGCGUCAGGCGGAUGGUUCCCGGGCACGGCUCGCAGUGAAGUGGGCGGGUUUCGCUUGGACGGAGCAGAGUUGCGGGAACCGAGCUGCUGCCGCCGCCGCCAUCAUGGUGAAAGUCUCCUUUAACUCGUCGCUGAGUCAGAAGGAGCCCAAGAAGGAAGAGAACAACGAGGCGCUCAUCGUCCCCGAGAAGGAUCCAGAGGAUGUUGUUGUUGUUCCGUUUCGACGCCAGUCUCGUGUUUGGUGCUGGUGCAUGUGUCUUGGACUAGCUCUCAUGCUGUCUGGUGUGGUGGUUGGUGGUGCAUAUCUCUACAGAUAUUUUAUCUUGCAGGAAGGUGAAGCCUUCUUUUGUGGCCUAAAGUACAUUGAUCCUGAAGAUUAUCUUGUCCAAGAUGUUGAUGUUGCUCCACAAUUGGCUCCAUACCAAUCGAUUAAAGAAAACAUCAGGAUCCUCAAGGAUGAUGGAGUUGAAUUGAUCAAUGUACUUGUCCCUGAAUUUGCUGAUGGCGAUCCAGCAGAUAUUGUUCAUGAUUUCCAGAGGGGUCUCACAGCAUAUUUGGAUCUCAGUUUGAACAAAUGCUACAUGAUUCCACUGAAUUCAACUAUUGUCAUGCCACCCCGGAACUUGUUUGAAUUGCUAAUCAAUGUCAAGGCUGGUACCUACUUGCCCCAAUCUUACUUGAUCCACGAAGAGAUGGUGGUUACUGAUUACAUUGAAAAUGUGGACGAGCUUGGAUACUUUAUCGCUCGCCUAUGUCGUGGGAAGGAGACCUUCAAGCUUCAACGCAGAGAGCUUGGUAAAGGUAUCGAAAAGCGAGAUGUAAAGAAAUGUUUCUCGAUUCUCCAUUUUGAAAGCCGGGUUGCAGUUGAAACUCACAUUUGUGAGCAGUAAUUACAGAAGACAACCAAUGCAGGCUCAGAGCUGAGCCCAGAAAAUCACUUCCUUUUUUUUCUGGUGUGCAAUGCAUUUAUCUUUUUUAAAACAUAGUGAUGAAACAGGGUUUAUUUUGUACAUCUGCAAUUUUCAUCUCAGCUUAACUACUAUUGGAAGUGUAAGAUGCAGGCAGAUUUCUAAAGGUGCAAUAGUAGAUUGUGAGAAAAGGCUAGCCAUCAAGAUUUUUAUUAAUUCUAAUUGUAGACUAUGUACUAGACUGGAAUUUAAUCCACCACAAUUAACACUUUCUUUGCAUAGGUGGGAAGAAAACUGGAGACUCCCAUCUUGUUCUUUUUCCAUUUCAAAUACCUGCGUAUUAAUCUAUAUACACUGGGGUAGGGGUGGGAAAGAAAAAAAAUGUUAUGAUAAACCCAUACUGAUUUAGUGUAUAUAACCGGCCUCCGGUAUAAUGUAACAAAAUAAAAUCUUUUAAACUUG